CACCACCAUCCACGACGAUCAAGACAACCAACAAUGGGUAUUAAAGGACUAACCGCGCUCAUCUCCGAGCAUGCCCCAAAAGCUAUCACAGAACACGACAUAAAAACCCUCUUCGGACGUAAAGUCGCCAUAGACGCGUCAAUGUCCAUAUACCAGUUCCUUAUUGCAGUCCGUCAAAAGGACGGAGAGAUGCUCACGAACGACGCGGGAGAGACGACGAGUCAUUUGAUGGGUUUUUUCUACCGUACUAUACGUAUUGUCGAGAAUGGUAUCAAACCUGCGUAUGUAUUCGAUGGCAAACCUCCUGAACUCAAGUCGGGUGUGCUCUCGAAACGGUUUGAAAGGAGGGAGGAGGCCAAGGAAGAAGGUGAAGAGGCUAAAGAAACAGGCACUGCAGAGGACGUCGACAGGCUCUCCAGACGAACGGUCAAAGUCACAAGAGAACACAACGAAGAAUGUAGAAAGCUAUUGAGACUCAUGGGUAUCCCUGUUAUCGUAGCGCCAUCCGAAGCCGAGGCACAGUGUGCAGAACUCGCUAGGGGAGGAAAGGUAUAUGCGGCAGGCUCAGAAGAUAUGGACACCCUCACCUUCAACGCACCCAUUCUCUACCGACACCUCACCUUCUCCGAGGCAAAGAAGGCACCCAUAAGCGAAAUAAACCUCUCGAAGGCGCUCGAAGGCCUCGAGAUGGAGAUGCCACAGUUUAUCGACCUCUGUAUAUUACUAGGCUGCGACUACCUCGAGCCAAUAAGAGGAGUCGGACCUAAAAGCGCAUUAAAACUCAUACGAGAGUACGGUGGACUCGCGGGCGUAGUCGAGCAUUUGCGAGAGAAGCAAGUAGAGAAGGAGGAGAAAGCUGUCGACGCAGAAGACGGUGCCAAGAAGAAAAAGGGAGGCAUACAGGUCCCCGAUGAGUGGCCCUGGGAAGAGGCAAAGAAACUUUUCCAAAAACCAGAUGUAGUCCCAGCUUCUGAGGUCGAGCUCGAAUGGAAAGACCCAGAUAUCGAUGGUCUCGUACAGUUCCUGGUCACUGAGAAAGGGUUCAAUGAGGACCGAGUCCGCAAAGGUGCCGAGAAGCUACAAAAAUUCUUAAACGCAAAGCAACAGGGCCGCCUCGACGGCUUCUUCUCAGUACAACCGAAAACAUCGCCGAAGAAAACAAAGGCCGACGACGCAAAAUCAGGAUCAAAAAGCAAGACUGCAAAAGACGGAAAGGGGACAAAACGAAAGGCGGACGACAAAGCCGGGGCAUCAAGCAGCAAAAAGAGCAAGACGAAGAAAUAGGCGUAGCACAAUUCCUCUUUCGCUUUAAUUAUUUGCUACGUGUUUUCCGACGUCUGCACCAUCUUAUUAAUGUUUGUAUCACAGCAUGUAUUUCUCCGCAUUGUACAGUAACAUUACGCCCAUUCUUAUCUGAUUAACCCUGCAAUCUAACGACCAUCUCUUCUGAAUCCUUCUAUC